UUUCUCUCUCUCCUCGUGGCAGUCACACGCGCAGAGUUCACUCCUCGUUGAAAUUUGGAAUUUUGUUUGCUCUACUAAAAUUGAAUAUUUUGAAUUGAUAUCCUGUUCUUCACGGUGUAAAUACUACCAAUAAACAUGCCUCGAAGGAAAAUGGACGCAUCUAUUGGUUCGGAUCAUGAUGACCGAAAAAGGGGCAAUAUAUCGAGUCCUAAUCAGGUUGCAGGUUCCAGUAGUGGGGUCGUUUCACGGCCAACGGUUAAUCAACCAAAGCCGCCGCCUAGCAUUAUUGUAGGACGGCCUUUUAGACGCCCAUCUCCCAACACGGCUUAUAGGAUGCGGCAACAGCGUGAUGGAAAUUAUCAUGAUGACGAUGAUGAAGAAGAAGAAGAACAAGAAGUCGCACCAGCCCCAAAACUAGGCAAACCAGCCCCGCCACAAGUAAUCCCACUGCCACCGGUACGAGGAGGAAGGACCAGAAACGUGUGGAAUGAUAAUCCAACGAAUGCUCCUAAAUUUUCCCUCCAAGGAUUUAAAUUAGACGUCAAAGAACUUCAAAUCAGUGCAGCCGACAUGAGACUACAGAACGUCGAUGACGUCCCGUUGAAGGAAGAUGUCAAGUGGAUUAUUUCGAGUGACAGAUCAGCGCUGACGUUUGACACGCUGAUUGACGGGAGAAAAAUUGGGACUCCGAUAACUUCAGUGAAAAUUGAUGAGGAGAAAGCAUUCAUUGACCCUGAGCUGUAUUACGAGUUGAUAGAUUGCAAGGCCUUAUUUCAAAAGAUGCCCAAAGAUGACUAUCGAAUUGUGCGGGGAAAAGGAAACAUGUUCGAAAAAGUGGACAAGGGGCCCUUCUUGUGUCGAGCAGCAAUGAAGAUGGCGAACCUGGAUGCUAUCCUGAACCACGAGCUAACCAAUCCAAUGACUCGAGAUGGACAUCCCGUUCUAGGCUUGCCGGACUUGUUCUACUUUGCUGAUGUGUGCGCUGGUCCUGGAGGAUUUACCGAGUACAUCUUGUGGAUGAAGAAAUGGGAGGCGAAAGGAUUUGGGUUGACUUUAAAGGGGGAGUUGGAUUUUGAUCUUCAAAAUCUCCACGCUGAAACGGAGACAUUCGACACAUUUUAUGGGAGAUCUGGAACCGGAGAUAUUUACAUUCCGAUCAACGUGACCGGUUUCAUCGAGCAUGUCCUCUCCAACACAGGGAAUAAAGGUGUUCAUCUCAUGAUGGCGGAUGGGGGCUUCUCCGUGACAGGGCAAGAGAACAUGCAAGAAUUAUUGAGCCAGCACAUCAUCCUGGCACAAAUUUAUGUGGCACUCGCUAUCGUCAGAGUAGGGGGGCAUGUAGUAUGCAAACUUUUUGAUACGGUGACACCCUUCACAGUGGCGCUCAUCUACUUUAUGUACUGCUCUUUCGAAACGGUCACGAUUCAUAAACCGGUAUCAAGUCGACAAGCAAACUCGGAACGGUAUUUGAUAUGUAAAUGGAAAAAGUCAGAGAACGUGACAUCCCCCAUCGUGAAGUAUCUGAAGGAUUGUCACGAGAAAAUGUGGGUCCAUAAGAAUGCUGCUGACAAUAACGAGGCUAUUUUGGAACUUGUCCCUGUCUCAGUUCUUGCCAAUCUGGACGAUCCGUUUUAUAAUUAUCUUUUCGAUUGUAACAACAGGUUGAUUAGCAGUCAAAUUGCGACCCUUAAAAGAAUGGCUGCUUUUGUAUUGAAUAAAUCCUUGGACAAUGAACCAAUGCAGUGGAAAGCAAAGACACGAGCAAUGAAGCAUUGGUGCAUCCCGGCGGAAAUUCCUAUGCCUGCCAUGUUACGACAGCCUGAAAAUGGUGCAAAUGCAGUUUUGCAAGGAGAUUUGAAAAGUGCGAUUCUCAAGCGACAUAAUAUUGACGUGGUUCCUGGAAACUUGCAAGUAUUCCAGUCACUAUAUGAUUGGCGUGCUGUUCCAACCACAUUGGGUAGGGUAUCAGGAAAUCGAGGAUUUUUUCUGUCCCUUGGAGGAUAUUCAUUGUUCAAGUACAAUGGGACAGGAUGGACUUCUGCUUCGACCCAGGCUAAGGCGCUGUCGAUUAUGAUGCCGUCAAAAACUCUUUUCUAUGGCGAGUUUGGGCUCGAAGUACGUGAAAGGUCGGGUCCAGUAGAGAAUUUCGACAUGGUUCUUCACAUUAUUGAUGCAUUAAUGUUAGGCGGCAUGGAUUUGCGAAAUAUGCAUUACACCCGAAGGCUGGAAAUGGCAGAAAAAUUUGCACAGGCUCUCACAAUACCGGAAAGGUUGAUAAUUCGGGCCAAGCCUUUAAUUCGCAUGGAACAGAUGCUGUUAUUUAUUGAAAAGAUCAAGGGGCGCGACUUCAUCAGGGGUGGUACACCCAGACCUACAUGCCCCAUGGACAUGAAUAAUCCUGAUUCGGCGAUUAUAUUUCCUAGAGGCUUCUUAUUUUUAAAAAUUACAAAAGAUCCUUGGCAAAUGAUUUUGGAUCCGAAAAUCAACAACAAAGUAUUCUUCAACACGGCAUCUGGACAUUCAACUCGUGACACGCCAAUGGACGCUGUGGCUAGUUUCUUUGACACGAUGGAGAAUCGAAUGCUGUGGUCCUGGGAUAGGGCAACAAGUCUCAGAAUGGAAGCACCGUACUCUAGCAUGGGUGAACUAUGCCCAGAUCACGUACACACGUGCACUUUUAUGAAUUUGUUCAAAGGGAUGACUCGGCCUCCCAAAAAUGAGCAGGAUGCGACUGAAGCAUCAACUUUACCUAAAGUGCAGCCUUGAAUACAUAAUUUUAUCCGGUUAUGUUGAUGUUUUUAGAAUUUUUAAAAUCAUUAUUUUACGUUUGUUUUACUUUUAAGUAAAUUGAAUUAUUUCAUAAGGUUGUUGUUAAACAUGGGAUUUUUCAUAGUUGUUAUUAUUCGUAACUUAUAAACCAUACAAUUAAAGAAAGGCGUGAGAUUGUGUUUACUAGAGUAGAGAAUAAAGCGUUCUUAGAAUUUUUAUGUGA